AUGUUCGUUCGGCACGUUCCGUGGCACGUUCCUGGACGCUACCUGGCACUUCGACGUGGAGGUUUUUCGACGUGGCACUUUGGGCGGCUACCUCGCAAAGAGGAUCAUGUGCUCAUGGGUGCAGUGAGUUAUGACCCAGCCAUUUCGAGCAUUUGGGAGAAAAUGAAGGACUACUUGAAUUCAGCUGGAUGUCCAUUUGAUUUCGUUCUCUUCACCAACUAUGAGCGACAGGUAGCAGCUUUGUUGGCUGGUGAGAUUGAUCUGGCCUGGAAUGGUCCCGUCGCUCAUGUUCUCGCUCAGCAGCAUGCAGGGCCUGGUGGUGUGAUUUCCCUGGGCAUGCGGGAUGUGGACUGUGACUUUAUCUCGCUUUGCGUGGCACGAAAGGACGCGAACGUCGCGUCUGUCGGCGAAGUGACUGGAAAGAUUGUGGCUACUGGAGCUUCUGACUCACCCCAAGCGCACUUGGUGCCUCUGUUCUGGCUUGAUGAGCUGGGAGUGAAACCAGCUGAGGUCAGAGCAUUUGACAUGGACCUGGGAAAACAUGGCGACACAGCUGUAGGGGAAGUGUCUGCCUUGGAGGCGUUGUUGGAAGGCCAGGCACAAGUGGGGCUGCUGUCCAAAAUGAUGUGGAUGCGUGGCCUGCAAGGACAACUCCCCAGCAUUGAUGCGAAACAGUUGGAAGAAACGCUGGAAGUGAUACCUGAAUCUCCUCCACUCUUUGACCAUUGCCAGUUUGAUGUCCUGGCCAGCAAUCCAGCAUGGAAGCGUGAGAGCUUCUGUGAUGCUCUCUUCAAGAUGGACAUCAGGAAUCCCAAACAUGAAGAGGUCAUGCGAUUGGAAGGCAUACAAGACAGUUGGAUGCCACCCAGACAAGAGGGUUAUGCAGUGGUGCAGAAGGCCUUCGCAUCCUUUCAACCCAAAAGGCACUACAGCACCGUCGCCAGAACUCACAGACCCGGGCGGCCAGGCAUGUCCACGGCCACCGCCAUGUCGCGAGGAGGGGGCCUCGGUCUCGGAGGCUCCCGCCAUGUCAGCUCCUCUCGCGUGGGAGUGGUUGGAGGAGGUGUGGCGGGUCUCCAGGUGAUCCGGUCUUUAAGGGCUAAGGGCUUCGAGGUGAAGGCUUUUGAGCAGGAUGCCAAGAUUGGUGGUGUGUGGAGAGAGAACUAUGUGAACUUCGGAGUGCAAGUGCCAAAGCAGCUCUAUGAAUUUCCCGACUUCCCUUCCAAGUUACCUUGGGGCCAGUAUCCCACAGGCCAAGAGACUCAGCACUACGUGGAAGACUAUGCUGAGCACUUCAAACUCCUCGAUUCAGUGGAAACUAAUACCAAGGUGCUGAGUGUGAAGCCACAGGAAGAUGGCUGGGUCUUCACAACCAGCAAGGACGGUACUGCAAAGGAGGAAAGCUUUGACUAUUGUGUGAUUGCCACCGGGCUUUACAGCAAGACCAAGCAAUUUCUUCCCAAGCUGCCAUCUCAGGAGCUUUUUCAGGGCCAAGCUUUACAUUCGACUGACUUUCAGGACCCGGCCAUGGCGGAGGGCAAGCGUGUGGUCGUUGUUGGAAACGGGAAGUCUGCAGUGGAUUGUGCGGUUGAGGCGUUCAAUGCUAAGGCCUCCCAUGUCACGAUGGUCAGCCGCAGGCGUCGCGGCAAAACGCCGUUGGCGAAAAAAACACGCGUCGUCGCUUCUCGUUUGGGAAGCGGAAACUGCCGGAAAAUGGAAGUCUGA